GUGUGCAUUUGGUACGAAAAUAAAUCUACGCGCGAUUAUACAUAGCUAACGUUACUCGUCAGAGUUUCUGAAUUAUUUUCUCACUUUUGGUUUAGCGAAUCAAAACUGUAAGAAACUAACUACUGCUUAUCAAGAACUGUCAUCAUGGCCAAUUUGAAUGAAGCUGAUUUACCACCAAAUCUGACUUGCCUCAAAAAUGUUGAUACCAUUCUCCGAUGUCCCAUUUGUUUCGAAUUCCUGAGUAUCGCAAUGAUGACCAAAUGCUCUCACAACUUCUGCUCUUUGUGCAUAAGAAAAUUUAUGUCCUACAAAUUACAAUGUCCAGUAUGCAAUUCACCUACAACAGAACAGGACCUAAGAAACAACCGGAUACUGGAUGACCUGGUCACAAACUUUAAAUCUGCAAGACAGCAGUUGUCAAAUGCUAAUUUUGACUCGCCUCCAAUAUCCCGGAAGGCCCCGGACUCAUCUGUCAAGUGUAAAAAACCUAGACAGACAACGGCCCCCAAGAAGGAGGCCUCCAUCUUCAAUCACUUUUUCCGAAAGGGGACCACCACCUCCACAACUUCUCACACUACAGAGGCCACGCCAGCACAGCAACCUAUUCCAUGCAGAAAGAGAAUGUCUGGCACUCCUCUACGUAGCCAAACUGUGAAGGAGAGCCCCCGUCCUACACAGACUGUGAAAGUAGACCCUGAUCAUCAGGUCUCUGUGAAGGAGGAGUCCAUUGAGGACAUACCGCCCCAGGUGCUGGUGUCUGUAAAGAUGGAGAAGAUUGACUUCUCCAUGACAGGGCUGGCGUCCCUGGCUGAUUCACAGUCAUCAUCACAGGACCUGAAGCCUCUAGUUAAAGUGGAGUGUCCUGUGUGUUCUGUGGGCAUCCUUGAACAGUUCAUCAACAGGCACCUGGACAGCUGUCUGACCCAAGGGGAAAAGAAGGAGAGCCUUAGGAGCUCCCUAGGUGCCAAGAGGAAGCCGAUGAGGAAGCUGGUAUACACACUGCUGUCCAUGCAGGAGCUGAAGAAGAGGCUGAAGGAGUGCCACCUCUCUGCCCAUGGCACCAGAGACCAGCUGGUCAGGAGGCACCAGGACUUUGUACACUUCUACAAUGCCCAGUGCGACGCCCUCGAACCGAAAUCAGCCAAAGACAUCGCCAAAGAAGUGGAGGCCAACGAGAAGGCCAGGAACCAACUGCAGGGGAAAACCAAAUGUGCUAUGGUCUUCUCUAAGAACCAAAGUCUGGGGCAAAUCGAUGAGAUGCAUUCAACUUACAGGAAGCAGCAUAACAGUGAGUUCUCCCGCCUUAUCGCCCAGGUCCGGGGUCGCCUGGAGACUGCGAGGACGAGGGAGAUAAAGCAGGAAGUGAGGGAUAACGGAGGUGAGGAGGACCAGGAAGUGGGCUCCAGCUCUGCAGAUAAGGCAGCACAACAGGAACAGAGUGAUCCCAGCCCCAGUGACUCAAAGGCCUGCUGCGUAUUGAUGACAUCACCUGUGGAGGAGCCCUCUGAGAAGCAGCAGCAGCCUUCUGUUGUAGCAGUCAUCUCCAGGUCACCCAGCCCAUGUCUCAGUGAGGUGUCCAUCAGCAGCUCCGUCUCCGACAUCUUCGCUGGCAGAUGCUAUGAAGUUUUGGAGAACGCCUCGAGUGGGAAACGGGCUUCCUGCUCCAAGGAGGAAGACUCUUCUCUGCCACUUGUCCUGGAAAAACGAGCCCGGAAAACCUGGGAAGAGGACAGGAAGGAGUCGAGCUGAACUCUGUUAAACACCUUCACCUUUAUCUAAUUUCUUUAAGCAAAUUUUCAGGGUAUAGCAUGUUAAGCAAUACAUUUUAUUUGUCAUUUUAUAACUUGGUUGUUCCACCAAUUAGAUACAUUUUGAGUGGUGAAACUUGGUGGAGAAAAGCCCAGUUUAUUUCACCUAAUUGUAACAUUCUGCCAUAAAGAGCACAAAAAAAAUAUGUGAAAUUAUGUUUUUUUAACACUGGAUAAAAGUAGAGACUCAGAGCUACAAAAUGGUAUAUCAUAUACUGCAUUUUUGAGGAACAAAGGGAAAGUAAUUCUGCUUUGAAACUUGAUACAUUUUUAACCUCGCUUUCGAGAAAAGGACCUUUGAAUGUUUUGGUAUUGGAGACCUCUCCUUUGUCCAUACCCAUUCAGCAUUGUUCAGACCCUGUUAAGCCAGCCCCACCCAUCUCUUUAAGGAUUCACAUGUGAGGUCAUGUGCUAAACAGUGAGUAGUGUAGUAAAGAUUACGAAUUAAAGUAGUAGCCUAAGAUAAGGAAAAAUUCCAGGUAAACAGAAAGUAAAAAUAUUUUAUAAAUAUUAGAUUACUCUUACCCAGACACACUUGUCUAAAUUGAUGUGAAAGAAAUUCUAUAAACCCCAGCCACAUCCAGUGGUGGAAAAAGUACUAAAUGGUCAUACUUGAGUAAAAGUAAAGAUACCUUAAUAGAAAAUAACUCAAGUAAAAGUCACCCAGUAAAAUACAACUUGAGUAAAAGUCUAAAAGUAUUUGGUUUUAAAAAUACUUAAGUAUCAAAAGUAAAUGGAAUUGCUAAAAUGUACUUAAGUAUAAAUAAAUAAAGGCGGCACAAUUUUGUAUUUAAAAAAAUGUGCAAAAUAUUGACAGAUAGCCAGGGGCACACUCAAACACUCAGACAUAAUACAAACAAAGCAUUUGUGUUUAAAGUGUCUGCCAUAUCAGAUGCAGUUGGGAUGACCAGGUAUGUUCUCUUGAUAAGUGUAUGAAUUGGACAAUUUUCCUGUCAAAAUAUAACGAGUACUUUUGGGUGUCAGGGAAAAUUUAUGGAGUAAAAAGUACAUUAUUUUUGGAAUGUAGUGAAGUAAAAGGGAAAGUUGCCCUAAAAUAUAAUUAGUAAAGUACAGAUACCCCCAAAAAUACUUAAGCAGUACUUUAAAGUAUUUUUACUUAAGUACUUUACACCACUGGCCACAUCUUUCUAAGUGGAUGGGUCUCCACAGAAGGUGUAAACGGUACAGCCAAAUGGUUACUUGCAUUGCAGAAAUAUAUAUAUAUAUUUUAUUUUUUUUUUCACCUUUAUUUAACCAGGUAUGUAAACUUCCAACUUCAACUGUAGCAAAGGGACAAUACUAGACAACGUAUACUUGGAGAUAUCAGGAGUCCUCUAGCUAUAGAAUAAAGACCCCCCCUUCCUCACAUACUUUGUGCAUGACACCCCUGAUAGCAGUGCACCGGGGACUCAAUAUACAGGUCGUCUUGUGCACAAAGAACUGUUGUACACAUAUGCAGGGGUUAGGUGAGAUGUUCUCUGGAGAAGCUCUGCUAUUGUGCUUAAAAUUGCAGCUGUGCAAAUGACCCCAGGGACUACAAAUUUAAGAGGAAAGUUAUGUGAAAGACCAGGAUGAUUCUUCUGGUAAUUCACCUUGCCCUUCACCAGCUCUGUGCCUGUUCAGUUGUUGGAUGUUUGUCCGACCCUCAAUCCCUGCAUCAGGUGUUUGCUCCCAUGCCUGGACUGCUGUUUGUCUGCCACAGAUUAGCUGGAGCUGAGACGGGUUGGAUUUGCCUGUCAUUUGCAAUUCACGCUGAGUGCCUAUGUAUAAACAGCUCUCAAACUGAUUUUGGGUUUGUUUGAAAGCAUAGAGCGGGCCAAUAUAAUUCAAUAUGUAGUCAAGGUCAGAAAGAAGCAAGGCAGGACUGUGACAUGGUGUUGCUCCAGUCACUGGACCAGAGCACGGAGGCGUCUCGGCCCCUCACUGCAGGGUCUGACUGGACACUGAGCAAAGACGGGCAGGGGCACCUCACUGUGGCACAGAGAUACAGACACUGGACCAAUAUUAAAGUGACGUACUCAUCCCGGCACACUGCUUCCUCACUCUCUCCCAGUUUUCCUACCUCAGUCCCGCACGCUGGAGAGCAAACUUAGAUGCACUAUGCAUAAAUCACAGCCAUUUCCUGGUUGCCAUAUCAGUUUGCCUAAUUUCAGUUUGUGACAAAAUAAGCAAGUAUAGUGUAGAUAAUAAUUGUACCAUCUAAACUGCUGUUAAGUAUCUUUUCCAUAACCAAAAAUAUUGUAUUCAACUGUUUGAAGCUGGUGUGCAAAACCGAAAGUAAAAGACGCAAAAACAAAUCUUGAGAAUGGGAAGCAUAGUAAUAGCACACAUAGAACAAAUACCACUUCUUAUCUUGCUUUCAAUGAGAAUGCCACAUCUAUAACACAUUUCUAUAUGAAUAUGGUCAUGCCGCCCAAAAAGUUACAUAGUGCAGCUUUAAAGAGGGAGAGUUCAUCUCCCAUGCCACCUGGAGCAUUGGCUCUGCAGCUAUUAAAUAUCACCUGUGCCAGCCCAGGUGAAACUAAUGACUUACUAUCGAGGCGACAGGUGCAACACAUCCUGACCAACGGGGGUGACUCCAAUCAGGGCACGUUCACCCCAAAUAGAACCAAACUCCAAAACCAAGACCUGUAACACAAGGUACAAGAAUAUCCUAGAAGACAGUAGGGUUGUCCCAGUUAAGACCCUCAUGGGGACCACCAGCCUCCAGAGAGUGGUGUCAAAUCUCAAUGUCACAGUCAGGGAUCAGAGUAAUUUCUCCCUCAGGCAGGGCCAGCUUAUCCCACUCUCCUUCACACACAGCCAGUCACGCACCACACCACCCUGUAUGCCCUGCUGAACUCCUCCACUGCUGGAUUGGCAGUACAUUAUGGGCUCAAUUCAAUUACUACUGCAUUGCAGCAUUUACACAGUACAGAGCAGGGCCUAGUUUUACAUUUCCAAUUUUCAGAAUAAGAUGUGCCAAGUCUUGUAAACAAAGACACUGUAUUAACAUUGGUAUGAGGGGUUAUAUUGAGCAUUUGACCCAUGUUCAUGCGGUUCAUUUACGGGUUAUUACAUUUUCUUCCUUUCUAAUUGCAUUUAUUUUCAGAGGUAUAUUGUAAAUGCUGCAGUAUGCCUAAUGAUACAUGAAGCAGGCAGUCAAAUACUAAACUGAAAAUCAGUUCUAACUUAAUUCUGAGACGAGGGGCAGAGUUUGACAACCUGUUUAAACUUUAGACAUCCUGUGAGUGACUGGUGAAUAUGUGUGCGAUGUGCUGUGGUACGGACUACAGAGUGAUGAAAAGUUCCCAUUUAAUUGCCACAGAAUUGCAAUGCAUUCCCCAGAGGCAUAUUAGCAGCCUGAGCUAUGUGCUAUCAGAGCCCAGAUCUUUAGGCUAGCACUGGUCAAAUAUGGUUAAUCAACACUGCAGGAUUCCACUUUAAUAUUAAGCAUGCAGCCAUGAACACGGAGCCUUUCUAUUUAUCUAAAUAUUGCAGCCUUGUGCAUCGCCAAAUAAAGAUUAGAAGGCCA